AAGCAUUUCAAAAAAGAACGCUCUACCGUUCACUUGAAGCCUGUAAAGAGAAACAUCUCUUAGAAAGAAUCCAAUAAAAAAAAGAAAAGAAAAGAAUGGGCAGAAACGUUAAAAGAAUUAAGCAUCAAGUAUAUGGACAGCUGUGCUUUUUCAUUAAUGAGUCAGGGUUCUAUACAAAUCUUAAAGAGACUCAAGGGGAGAUACUAAAACGGGAGGCUAUCAAAGUCAAAGUAUCAAUUACAAGAGUCAAUUCAAUUUCUAUCAUGGGAAGCCACUAUCAGCUAAAGGCCUGAUCAAGAAUACCUUAAGAAUGCCCAUACCAUUUCCAAAGGAAAGAAAGUUAGUUGGUAACAAAAAAAAAAAAAAAAA